AUGAAAGUUGAACUCAAGUUGGUUUGGGUCUUGUCUAUAGGACAGCAUGCAGCAUGUCAGUACAAAAUAGGUAAGAGUCCGAGUGCUGUGGAUGAUAUGCUAGAUGUGGAGAACAAGCAUAUGGCAGACAAUCUAGCCACCAAGGUCACCAGGCUGAAAUCGCUGGCACUGGACAUUGACAAAGAUGCUGAGGAACAAAACCGCUAUCUGGAUAGCACGGACUCAGAUUUCAUGAGUGUGACAGGCCUGCUGACGGGGAGCGUGAAGCGUUUCUCCACCAUGACACGCUCGGGAAGGGAUAAUCGCAAAUUGCUUUGUUAUGUUUCUGCUGGACUGGUUGUUGUCUUUUUUAUCCUCUAUUAUUUGGUGUCAAAAGCACGGACUUGAGUGGGGCUCUCGUGCUUGGAAUUUUUAUGAAAAGAAAAACUUGCCAUGAUAGACAAAGACUUGCUCAAGGGUAUCCACAUUCUACCCUGUCGUGGGUUGUUGGGAUAUUCCUGAAGAACCAGAUAAUGUUUCUAGAUUCCAAGUUAUUGUCAUUUUUCUAGUCAGUCUUGGAUACGUUCAUCGGAUUUUUUUUAUAAAAUUAAUAUAGUUAAUUCUGAUUUCUUUAAAUUUGCGUAAAUUACAACUUGAUCUCCUUGUUAACACUUAGCCUUUAUUUAUUGCUUUAUCCAUAACCUUUAGCUUCCAUCUAUUGCUUGGCUCAUAACCAUGUGAUGUCCACCUUAGUGAGUGUCAUGCUAUGAAAGUGUUUGACUCGCCCCAUAGUAGAAAUGUGCCUGUACUCAAUUAAUUAAUGGAGGUGGGGAGGUUGCAGGAUUCAGGAGUUUGAAUGUGGGACUUUGAGGCAGGAGCUGGUGAAUUCAAAUUCAUCUUUGUCAUUGUCUUGCUGUCCCUUGCUUUAUGGUGUUGGAAAGACAGUUAAUCGCAUUUCGUAUUUUGAAAUACAUUAAUAUCAACAGCAUCUCUUGAGCCUAGAAUUGUUUUAUGAUACUCUGAAGAACUAAAUUGUAUGUGGUACGUACUGAGUUGAGUAGUUACAAAAAUCUAUCAGCCAUUCAUUCUAUGAGAGUUGAGUUUUACUAUUGGAGUAGCUUUGUUUUAUUAACUUUGCUUGUCUCGUAGCAGAGGAUGGGGAAAGGCUGUAAAGAGGUGACUGGUGGUGGUAAUUUUUCUGUAGCAUGUAUAUCACGGCUUGUGUAACACAUACACGCUUGCCUAGUUGCAACUGUAGAAGAUCUGAGAAGAUUGGAAAACCGAAGAGGAGGAAAACAUUACAACAGGCUUGGAAACUGUUGGUAUUUAAAGUAAUCCAGAAUGGGAAAUUGUACAGCUGGUGCUAGCAUUCCCAUGAUAUGGUACUUCAGUAUUGUUGGGAAGAUGUUUCCACUCUAUAGGUAAAGAUGGAUAUUGGGUCUGAUCAGAGGGGGUAACAUAAAAUAGGAGGUAACCUUAGAAUUCACAAUUCUUUGACCCCUCCACAGUCCACAACCUGGUAGGUAUGCUGCAUGUCACAGUUUGGCAGUCUUGUACACCUGCCUGAGCAAGUAUUGACUAUUGGUGAACUAAUCAUUCCAGAGCGUGCGGCACUUUGAGAUAUAGUAUGUAGCCCAUUCUGUGAUGAUUCUACAUAAUUUUAUGCAUUUGAAUGCUGUGUGGAUGAAGGAUGUUUGUGAUCUUUCAGUACUACGUCUUUAUUCUGUACAGUACAUUCUUUAGGAAUGCUUAUCCCAAAUCACCCUUGCUGUCCCUGUCAUUGAACUUGUUGCUUCCACUCCCAUUCCAAUCCAUGUAUAUUGUCCCGUUUGAAUUAUUUGUAUCUUCCUAAUGCUACUAUUGUUUUUUAAAAAAAUCCCAAACUCUAUACACUGUUUUAAAAGGCUUUUAUGGUACAAAUCAACUCUACCAUAUCUAUUUUGUAGUGUGUGGUAUUUGUCUAAUGGCUUCUCUGUUCUGGAUUUUCUUGUAAGAAUUCCUUUGCUUGAGGAUGUUGUCUCUCUUAUUCCUCUGGAUAUAACCACCUCUCUAGGACCAAAGAACAUAUCCUCUAUACAGUUUAUUGUUCUCCCCAAACAAAACUAUAUUUCCUAAUCCCAGUGUGUGUUUGUUUGGCACUGACAAAUGACACAAUGUAACAGCAAAGAAUUCCUUGUACAAGCCACAGAACAUUGAUCCUUCUGAAGAUUUGGAUCCAGUUAUCUCAGUCUGCUUUGUACCUUGAAUGUUGAUCUUCUAAUACACUAGUUGGUGUCCUCUAAUUUGCAUCCUUAUUCUGUUCCAAAAGUAGAAUGUGCAGUAAGGAUGGGGGAGAAAGAUGCAUUAAUGAUCCACUCUUGAUUCAGUCUUGCAUGAUUCUUGUCUUUGCUAACACUUUGGAUAUUCCGAGCUCCGUUUAGAUGUUGAAAUAUUUUGGAAUGCUCACUUGACUAUUCUGUCUGCUUUCCUCGAGCAAAUUAAUCCUGACCAAAGAGCUCCAAAGCACUCUAAUUCUUGCUAGUGCAAUUAUUUCUUUGCUUUUUAUGGUGUGAAUAAAGUUGUACAGGGUUGAACCUCUCUAGUCUGGCACCCUUGGAACCUGACUGGUGCUGAACUAGAGAAUUUGCCAAUCCAUGGGAGGUCAAUAUUGUCUAGCAGCAUUACCAACACUUUCACUGCUUACUGGGGUCUCUGAAGACAUUUAGAGGUAAAUUAGAGUUAAAUAACAGCACAGAGCACUGAGAGCCAGGACUGCUGGCUGUAAACAAACUUUAUGGGACUUCAGGAAACUUGUCCACACCUAUUAUAAUGGACAUCUGACUAACUGAAAUAUUGCUGGUCCAGAGAGUGCCAUAGUAGAGCGGGUCAACCUGUACUAGAUGCUGCAUCAGUAAUUUUAUAUAAUAUAAAUUUUUAUCAUAAUACCGUAUUAUACUAACCAGUUUUCAAAGAAGUACAUGGUAAUUUUUAUAGAACCUAUUGCCUUGAACCAGUAUUGAUGCACAACAUUAAAUGUAUCCGUAAUACAAUACUACAAUGAAUAGUACAGCGAUUACAUCCAACCUCUAAGAUGCAUUAGUCUCAAAGGGGUGACAAAAUAGAACCUUAUUGGAGCUGCAUGUGCCCUUAAAGAAGAGGAGAAACUGCCUCCUAUUGACUUCUGGGAUGAAGAGGAAGAACGACCACUGAAGAACAAGUUGCCCCAUCUUACUCAGAAGUCAGUAAUAGAGUUGGUCAGGAAUUUAAACACUUUUUGCUGGAAAAUGCUGAUUUGUCAAACAGAAUUUCCCUUGGAUUUCAACAGAUUGCUGUUUUUGUUGUGUGCAUUUGUGGAAUGAAGUUCUUUGAUUUUUUUGGUUCAAAAUGACUUCUUGUUUUGAAAUUUUACUUUAAAAUAUUUUUAAAAUAAAAUUUUAAAA